AUGGCAUCCGCACGCUCCUUGAUGCGCCUGGGCUCUGGCCGCUCGGUGGCUUCGGCCUCGAGGUCCAUGGCUAACCGCGCCUUUUCCUCCACCUCCCUUCAGUACGCCACGAAGGCUUCAACACAACCAGGCUCGCCGGAGCCCGAGAACAUGCGCCAGGCGCAACGGCCUCCCUCCGGUCCCCUCCGUGCUCCGGUCAUCAACCCUGCCGACAAGUACCAGGACAAGGCCGACGGUCUGCACAAGUACGGACAGUACAUCAUGUCGUGCCUGCCGAAAUACGUCCAGCAGUUCACCGUGUGGAAGGACGAGCUCACAGUUUACACUGCCCCCUCCGGUAUCAUUCCCCUCAUGAGCUUCCUGAAGAACCACACGGCCGCCGAGUUCACCCAGAUCUCCGAUAUCACCGGUGUCGAUUUCCCCACCCGUGACCAGCGUUUUGAGGUCGUCUACAACCUUCUCAGUGUCCGCUUCAACUCCCGCAUUCGCGUCAAGACCUACUGUGACGAAGCUACUCCCGUCCCCAGUGUGACUGGCCUAUUCGAGGGUGCCCUGUGGUACGAGCGUGAGGUGUACGACAUGUUCGGUGUCUUCUUCUCCGGCCACCCCGAUCUGCGCCGUAUCAUGACUGACUACGGUUUCGACGGACACCCCCUGCGCAAGGACUUCCCCUUGACCGGUUAUACCGAGCUCCGUUACGACGAGGAGAAGAAGCGCAUUGUCAUUGAGCCCCUCGAGCUUACCCAAGCUUUCCGCAACUUCGAGAGCGGUUCCACCGCCUGGGAGCCCGUUGGUCCUGGCGAGAAUCGAACCCCCGAUUCUUUCAAGAUUGCUACUCCCAAGCCCGAGGAGAAGCCUGAAGAAAAGAAAUAG